AUGUACCAUGGUUACAUUAAAGUAACUUCCCUUUCCCGGGCCACAUUGACCAGCUCUGACGGGGGGAUCCCGAGGCGUUCCCAGGCCAGUGUUGAGAUAUAAUCUCUCCACCCAGUCCUGGGUCCUCCCCGAGGCCUCCUUCCCACUGGACGUUCUUGGACCACCCCCCCAAGGGAUGCGCCCAGUGGGCAUCCUACCAGAUGAACCCCCUCCACUGACUCCGUUCUAAGUAAAGGAGCAGCGGCUCUACUCCGAGUUCCUCCCGGAUGGCUGAGCUUCUCACCCCAUCCCUAAGGGAGAGCCAGACACCCUCCUGAGAAAACCCACCUCGGCUGCUGGCACCCGCGAUCUCGUCCUUUCGGUCAUCACCCACACUUCGUGACCAUAGGUGAGGAUAGGAAUGAAGAUCGACCGGUAGAUCCUCAUCCAUGGUCAUGGACAUCCACCCUUAAACAAAAUCAGAACCGAGACUAGGGAGCCUCUAUCCAGAACCGAGACUAAUGGGGAGCCUCUAUCCAGAACCGAGACUAAUGGGGAGCCUCUAUUCAGAACCAAGACUAAUGGGGAGCCUCUAUCCAGAACCAAGACCAGGGAGCCUCUAUCCAGAACCAAGACUAGGGAGCCGCCAUCCAGAACCAAGACCAGGGAGCCGCUAUCCAGAACCAAGACUAAUGGGGAGCCUCUAUCCAGAACCGAGACUAAUGGGGAGCCUCUAUCCAGAACCGAGACUAAUGGGGAGCCUCUAUCCAGAACCGAGACUAAUGGGGAGCCGCUAGCCUCCCACCAGAGACCCAAGAGAAGAGGCUGGAGUUGACAGUAUAGACUUGGCGAAGAAAAAACUCUAGCCACAACACUCCACAAUGCAAAAAGAAAUGCCGGACUAGGAUGGUUUCACGAGGCUAUGCCUGCUCUGGAUUGACUCUUCAAAUGCACGGACCAAUCAGAUGUGUGGCUAAAUACACGGACCAAUCAUCAGCAGAGUUUGGCACAGAAGGAUUUGUUGGACUUGUGCUUAUACUCCAAGCGACCUUUAAGAAUCAGCAACCAGCUGAUACAUCAGACUGGGUCGAUGUCAGAUUCUGUUCGGGUCAGACAUCAGUGUCACGAAGGCUGCAACGGCUUUGGGACGCAACCUCGAUGAUUUAUCAAUUAACCCGGACACGCCUACAGAAGGGAAGGAAUUUACUGCACUCUGCUGCCAAACUGAAAGAACACGGACGUUUAUUUUUUAAUUUGCAAAUUACCACCCGCGUUAAAUCCGUCUUCUAAUCGUCAUAGAUAAUAAGAUACGGCAGACCUUCAGUCCAUUCAGAGGAACUGGGUGGCAGCAUGUGGGGCCAUAUGUUUUGAAUGAAACCAUGUUAAGUCAAAACCAUACACCUUAUUCUUACCCCUUAAAAAGACACUGCACUGACACAGAGCCAAACACGUUGGCUGCCAUCAAAAUAUGUUAAAACGUUUGAUGGUUGAAGCUUAAACAAAUUGGGAGCCAUGUUAAUUUCCAAUGCUCAAUUUCUGUUCAUUAUAUAUUUGGUUUUAUUUCAUUUAAAUUUAAUUGUCAAUGCUAUUGCAUCAGCAAAGUGUCGCCAGGCAGAAUACCGAGUGGGAGGUGAAUGUUGUCCCACCUGUCCACCAGGAAUGCAUGUGAGUAGGCAUUGCACAGAAUUCAGAAGUACAUCAUGUGCAUCUUGCACAGAAGGUACUUUCCAAGAUGGCGACAAUGGGCGUGAACAAUGCUUUGCAUGUCAACAUUGUGAUGCAGGUCUCGCCCUGAAGGUGAAGAAGUCGUGUUCAUCAACAUCAGAUGCUGUGUGUGAGGUCCUGGAUGGAUUCUUCUGUAUUGACUCUAACAGAGGUGGAUGUAGGGCCGCUCAGAGACACACGGUUUGCAGUCCUGGUCAUUACAUCGGUCAAAGAGGAACAGCAGAUAAAGACACAGAGUGCUUUCACUGUACUGAUGGAACAUUCUCAGAUGGUGCAUCAUCAUCUUGCCAGUCCCACAGAAAUUGUGAAUCUGUGGGACUGAAACUGAUGAGACCAGGAACUGAUUCAACUGAUUCUGAAUGUGGAGAACAUGGUGCACAUGCAGGACUAGUGGCAGGAAUAGUAAUAGGAGUCAUACUGGUAAUGGCUUUAAUAAUCGUAGCCAUUAUUCUGGGGAAGAAAAUAAGAGCAUUGAUUCAUAGAAGAAAUCAGGAGAAAAUGAAAACACAGGAACAACAGGAGAUGGUAACUGUACCUACUACUGACUGUCCUGAACCAACCAGGGACCAACAAGAGCAUACCAUAACGAUCCCUUCUGCCACUAUGGAUUAUCAAGACGAUGACCAGAGUCUAGGUCCAGCCCCUCCCUCAAGCUCCACACAUAAUGGAUCUGUGUCAGUCUCCGUCCAUCAGGAGGACCAUCAGCCUGUCCACACCAAGAGAGACAGUGGAGCCUCCCGGUCCAGCCUCCUCAGUCAGGUGCGCUCCUUCACCUCUCAGUCAGCCAGCAGGUCUUAUGUUCGCUCCAAGUCGGUAUCAAGUCACUUUAAAGUCCCAAGUUUCCCUGGGACCGUGCAGAAGAAGAAGUAACGCCAGUUCUAGAAAAUCUGGAUCAACCUAAAAGUGAAUCUGAUGACUCAAACUCAGAAACUAGAGGAGGAGAUACACCAGUCUGAUUCCUUUCUGAUGCCAGCUUUCACAGGAGAAGAGGCGUGGUGUGUUUAACAUCAUUAUUUGAUCAAUCCUCACAUUGUUCUUCUAUAUGUGGCUCACAGAGCAAAGACAAGCGAGGUGUUAAUAAAUAGUGUGAGGUGUGCUCUGUGAGGCGUCCUGGGAUAUGAUGGGUAACGUUGGCUUGGGUCCAAGCUCCACCUCUCUUGGGCGACCGCCAAGGAAGAUGUACAGAGAAUGAUGAUAUGGAGAUGGAGAUGUUGGGUGAGAGGAGCCACAUGUCUUUGAGAUCACGUUUUUGUGUGAUUAUUUUUUACAAUGUUUUUGUGACAUUAUUUCUACCACUUGAUUUAAAUGUUUUAGUUAUGAGAAAAUCACGUGACACUAAAGUCACUCUCAGUCAACAUGUGAGAGUGUGCGUCAGUGAGAGACAUGAUAGACCUUCAAGCCUAAAUGGGUCUGUUGAUUCUAGCAGGAGAACAUCGGUCAGACAAUGAGGCUACAAAAAGUCUGUGGGAGGCAGUCAGGGAGGCCUAUAUUCAGGUCAACUAUGUCCCCGCAGCAGUUUCAUGUCCUCUCAAGAGUAAUCAGAUGUUUUGACAGGGCUACACGACCUUUCCGCUGGAAAGAUGACAAACUGGCUUCCAUCAGGAACGUUUGGGACAGGUGGGUGGAGGGCCUACCACUGAUGUACAAUCCAGGCUCUGAGGUGUCAGUGGACGAGCGCCUGCGUCAUGUAAUGCAUAUGUGGUGUGGACAGCGAUCGACCCAGCCUGGAAUCAGGGGAAAUGUUUCAAGAGGAGACUCUUCCUGGCAGGGCUUGGGAAAGCUUUAGUGACUCUGACUCCUCUAAUUCAACGGCGCCAGCACCUUCCCCGCACACCAGCCUAUCGCAGUCUGGUGGGGAGUCUGCAAGCCCUCGCCACUGCCCUGGCCGCUCUCCCCCCAAAACAGGGGCAGAAACGGAAGUGAUGCGAGCUCUGUGCCCCUAGAGACAAUGAGACACGUCUUACAUGUUUCAAAUGUGAUGCAUACGUUUGCAAGGCACACUGCGACCUGAUUGCAAAAGGCCACUCCUGUGUGUGAACACACACACACACACACACACACACACACACACACACACACACACACACACACACACACACACACACACACACACACACACACACACACACACACACACACACACACACGUACGAUGUGUUCAUGUUGAUGCUCUGACGUUCUGUGAAUUUGGUCUCUGUUUUGGUUUUUCUGUCUUUUUUUACAAUAAAUGUUAAUUUUGGAAUACAACUUUCAAUUUCUGUGUCUAUUCACUGCAGUUAUUCAUGUAAACCAGUAGUCUGAGACAUUGUUUACAGGUUAAAAGGGAGUGAAAUAAAAUUUGGUGAUGAUCAA